UUCCACCCUUAGGAAAGACGAAAGAGUGAGUCUACGAAUAUAAAGAGAGUGAAAGAGUGUGUGAGAGAGAGAGGGGAGAGACAUAGAGAGACGUGUUUGACCAAACCAUGUCUGGAACGCUGGGGUGCGUGCUUGUGGCCGUCGAUGGCAGCGAAGAGAGCAUGAACGGCCUGAGAUGGGCACUCGACAAUCUCAAGCUCCGAUCUGCUGCUUCCGACACCGAUGAAGGUUCGUUCGUGAUACUCCACGUUCAAUCCCCGCCGUCCAUAGCCGCCGGCCUCAAUCCCGGUGCCAUCCCUUUCGGUGGUCCCAGUGAUUUGGAAGUGCCUGCGUUCACAGCGGCGAUUGAGGCGCACCAGCGGCGCAUCACUGAGGCUAUUUUGGCUCACGCUCUUCAGAUUUGCUCUGAUAAACAUGUGACAGUUAAAACACAAGUUGUAAUUGGGGAUCCAAAGGAGAACAUAUGUGAAGUUGUGGAGGAGUUGCACGCCGAUUUGCUUGUGAUGGGAUGCCGUGCUUUCGGACCUAUUAAAAGGAUGUUUCUGGGAAGUGUAAGCAACUACUGUUCUAACCAUGCACAAUGCCCGGUUAUGAUAGUGAAAGGCACUUAAGAAUCUACUGUCGGUUAUUGAAACUUUGAUCUUAGCAUGCCAUUGUCCGAUGCUUGUAUCUGCAACACUCACUUUGUGUGAUAUGUGAUUGCUUAGCUUCCGGGUAGCCGUUAUUCAAUAUGACAAUGACCAAAUCAUGUUCUGUUGAUGGCGUGCUUUUGUUGUGUGCGGCCAGUAUUGCUUGGGGUGCAAGUCUUUGUACCACAGGUACCAUCUGACCAGCUAUGCCUGCAUCAUUAGUCUCUUCUGCAAGCAGACCUGGAGCCAAAUUCUGGGUGUGAAUAUUCUCCAUUUGUGCUAUUUGUCUUUUUUGCAUUGUCUGUAUUGAUCAGAAUAUUGAUUGUUUGAUUCUUUUGUUGAGAGUGGGGUUUUUCUUAUGUGGCUCCUCUCUAUCUCUAGUUGUGAUUUGGUUUGCAAACUAGAAAAAACUCAUGAUCUAUUUUAGUAAUAAAUAUCAAUGGUUAUUAACUUGAAUA